GGACGGCGGGCGGCCGUUGCCCUGUGGCACACACCACAAAUUUCCCAAAUAGGCAGUGACCUCUCUGAGGUAUCUCACUAAGCUUCCCGUCCCGCCGGCGCCGCGCCCACCCCCCUUUGAUCUUUGACUUUCCGUCCGAAAUUUGUACAAGUCGAGACUCACCGCCAAACAUCCCACCACCAACACCACCAAUUUCCCCCUCAACGCUCGCUUCUUCUCCCUUCCCCUCUCUUCCUCGUCAUUCAUUCACCCCGCGCGCGGCUGUCGAACACGGGGAUCUCUUCUAUUUCUUCCAUCUACUCGUAUUUUGUAAUCAAUUGAGAAACGACCUCCACAGCAAACAAGAUGAUCGCAGCGCCCUGGGACAAGGUCCCUCCCCGCGAACAGCUCUUCGUGCUGGUCACCGGCGCAAACAGCGGGGUCGGCCUCGGCAUCUGCGAACGCCUCAUCGACGACUUCCUCGCGACCCGGCCCCUAACCUCCCACCUGAUCCUCAUCCCGACCACCCGCUCCGUCCGCAAGUCCCGCGAGUCCGUCGAGGCCCUCCGCCAACACCUCCGCCGCACGGCAACCACCUCCCCGGCCCUCCGCUCCCGCGCCGGCUCCUCCUACUACGACCCCGACGACACACUCGCCCGCGUCCACCUGCUCUCCACCCAGCUCGACCUCUGCGACCUCCCCUCCGUCUACGCCUGCGCCGCCAACCUCGUCGCCGGCACCCUCACCGACCCGACCGACCCCGUAUCGCCCCCGCGCGCCUACAAGAUCCCCCGCCUCGACUCCGUCAUCUUCAACGCCGGCUUCGGCGGCUGGACCGGCCUCGACUGGGCCGGCCUCCUCACAGACACCUUCACAAAGGGCCUCCUCGCCGUCCUCACCUGGCCCUCCUUCAAGCUCGCACGCCCCGGCGCCGUCCUGAACCAGCGACCCGUCCGCUCCGACCUGGUACCCACAGACUCCCCCGAUAACCCCCUCUCCCUAGCCUCCGCUUACGAUACCAAGCCCUCCUCCCCCGUCCUCGGUGAAGUCUUUUGCGCAAACGUCUUUGGCCACUACGUCUUUGCCCAUGAGCUGUUACCUCUCUUGAGCAGAGCCACACCCGAAGAGACGCCAGGCCGCGUCGUCUGGACGAGCAGCAUCGAGCCUCAGGCGCGCCACCUCCGCCUCGACGACUUCCAGGGCGUCGAGACGGAAGGGCCGUACGAGUCCUCCAAGCGCCUGACGGACGUGCUCUCUCUAUCGUCCCACUUACCCGCCACGCAGCGCAUAGCCAGAUCCUACUUCACACCCGAAGACCCCCAAAUCGCGCAACGCCUACCAGUUCGUCCUUCCUUUUAUCUCACGCACCCGGGCGUAGUCGCCUCCAACCUCUUCCCCGUGCCCUUCCCCUUUAUCCUCUUUUGGGCUUACAAGUUUGCGCUCUACCUCGCCCGCUGGCUGGGUUCGCCCUGGCACCCCGUGACGGGAUACAACGGCGCCGUGGCGCCCGUCUGGAUCGCGCUGCAGGACGACGAGACGCUCGAGGAGCUGGAGGCGAAAAAAAUCAAGUGGGGGUCCGCCGCGUCGUUUUCGGGACGGCAGGACGUGAAAAAGACAGAGGUGGAGGGGUGGGGGUGGGAGGGCGCCGUCGAGGACCGGGAGUCGCUUGCGAGAGAUCCCGCGACGGGCGUGCUACGCAAGGCUGUCGGGCGGAAUCCCGGCGCGAGGGACUUGACCAAGGAGCAGCUUGUCGACUUUGAGGCGUUGGGGGUGGAUGUGUGGACCGAGAUGGAGAGGUUGAGGCACGAGUGGGAGGAGUUUCUCGAUAUUCGCGGGGAGGGCGUCAACGGGCACAGUCGCACCAACGGCCUUGGCAAGUCUGGAUGAAGAAUUAUGGACGAGCUCCGUCAGAACAAUGAGAUACGGAAUGGAAAAAAAAAGAGACGAAAGACGGUUUGUUUUACGAGAAACAUAUAUGAAAACAUAUAUGGGGGUAUCCAAAAUUAACUAUAUAGCACAACAAGACUAAUGCCUAAUUACCAACACAACUGCAACAAGUCACUCUUUCACCACGUAUGGCAUACCGUAACGAGAGUUCCUCUACGGAGUCGUCGUCUGUCGCGUGCUCUGCUCGUCCGACCUCACACGUCGGAGACUGACCCUAUCACUCCGCCCAAACAAGCCCAGACACAACGGCAGCGGCACAAUGACGAGUGCCACAACGGCCUGGAAGACGAGCGCAUUCUUCAUAUUCUUGGGCGGGUUCGCCUGUUCAUUCGCCUGCAGCGCGUCGGAAAUGAUGAUAAAGAUGGCGCCGAGGAGUUGUCCGCCCGCCCAGGCGAUCGUGCUCGUGACCUCUGGGCUUACGGGGUGACUCAGCUCAAUAAGAAGCUCCAGCGCGACGGGAACCAGGGAAAAGGACGCGGCGCCGAGGACGGCGAGGACGACGUAGGGACCGGCGAUGUUGCGCGUCUCGGGCAUCCAGAUGAAGAUUAGGUAGCACAGUCCGAUGACGGGGACGGCUACCUUGAUGGCGGGGAUGAAUUUCUUGGUGCGGUCUAGGAUGGGCGAUGUGAUUGCCGAGGCGACGAGACCUACCACGAUGAGGAGGGCGCCCGCGAUGCCUGCUUCUUCGUCUGUGAAGCCGUAGGGACCCAUCAUCUGGUUGAGGAGGGAGGAGAUGGAGUUGAAGAAGCCGACGUAGAAGGCGUAGGGGAUGAGGAUAAGCCAGAGCUCGAGGGAGCGGGAGACGAUGGACAGGGAGUCGCGGAUGCCGAGCUUGAGGGUGCGGGAGGAGGGUGCGACGGGGGUGGGCGGCGCCGCGGGGAUGAAGAAGGCCGGCAGGGAGGCGACGGUGGAGAUUACCGCGACGUAGAGGACGCCGGGGGACAUGUCCUGCGGGUCGGCGACCCAGAAGGGCACGAUGAGCUGGCCGAGGGCGGCGCCGAGCGGGUUGGCGAGGGAGGUGAGGGCGGUGGCGGCGACGCGGCCGCGGUUGGUGAACCAGAGGUCCGAGUAGCGGGUGGGCGCGGCGAGGACGAAGGGCUGGGCGAGGCCGGUGAGGAUCUGGCCGAACAUGACGACGCCGUAGUUUCCGCCGGUGGGGGAGCGGGAGUGGGAGCCGGCGAAGCGGAUCCAGUUGCCGACGAGGAUGAGGGCGGCGGCGGUGAUGAAGGAGGGUUUGGGGCCCAUGUGGAGGAUGCGGAUGGUCAGGGGGAAGAUUGCGACAAAGGCGAAGAGGAAGGCCGUGGAGAGCCAGUUGAUUGCGGAUUCGGAGACGCGGUAGUAGGUUGCUGCGUUGGAGGCUACGGGGGCGAAGGUGAGCCACUGCGGGUUGGUUUGGUGUUAGUAUCUUGGUCUCAUUGAGAUGUUGAGGUUUUGGUGGUUUGAUGCAGGAUAGGUGGCAGGAAGUGAUUAUUCGCCAGCCUUGUUGACGAUGUGCUGUACGAUCGAUGGUGGCUUGUCUGAUGCAGGUACCCGUAUACCCUUUUUGCGAUUCGUUCAUGAUUUCGCGCCCAUAAUUCGACAAAAAGGCUGGAAGAAGAUAGUUCGACUUACAUCCCACGAGACAAUGAUGUUAAGCAACGUCAACUGCGCGAGGCCGAACCAGCGGCGCUUAUACGUGCGAUACUCGACGGCCGUUCCCUCGAGGACGCUAUUAUUGUCGCCGUCGAUACCACCACCAGCGACACCGCCCGCCCCCGUGAUGUCGUUGUCGCGCGACCGGGAGUCCACAUCGCGGAGGUUGUACUCCUCGUCGCCGAGCUUGCCAAAGCCGGAGCCGGGGUGGGCGUGGUUCGGCAUUGGGGCCGUCGGGGCGGCGGCGUCGAUGGGAGAUUCGACGGUAGCGGGAUAAGGGUUCGCGGCCGUCUUUUCGUUCUCGUUUACGCCUGUGUGAGGUGAGGUGGUGGUGGUGGUGGUGAUGUUAUUCGCGGUGUCGUUGGCGGGAGGAGUGGAGUUGUCGACCGAGGGGUCAUUCGCCUUCUUCUGACGGCGGGAGAAGGGCAUUUUGUGUGUGUGUUGUCGGAACCCAGGUGUCUUGUAGUGGGCGCGAGCGGCCAAACGGUCCAGAACUUUUGCGCGCUAGGGAGCCCGAUCUUUAGUUGUAGGGGCUGUCGGGUGUCGCAAGUUUUCCCUGAGACAGCGGGUGAGUGGGCGGAGCCACGGAGCACUGGGUUCGCCCAGGGCAGGUUGUGGACGGUGGAUUAGCGGGCAGGGCGGGCGGGAGAUUGGCCUAGGCGUGUCUUGGCAGGGAGUCCUUGACUUGAGUCGUUCCACCUUUGUCCUGCGGGUUUGUGCUGUAAAUGCCUGUGAUUGUCGGUCGUCGUCUCGAGUUCCUCCUAUUCCUCUGAAGCUCCAACACUGCGCGAAGUUGGGACGGAGGGCAAUGCGCUGGGUUGGGGGGAGGGGGAAGAGGGUAAAGAAAGGAUAAGCCCACCACCAAGUCACGAAAAAGCCAAGAGGAGGGAAGGAUGGGAGGGAAUGAACAGGGCCGGGGAAAAGAAAUAUAAGCUGAAGAAGAGAAAGCGAUAAGGUCGACUUAAAAGGAACCUGCCCUGAACGGAAUAUUGGCAAAAUCGACAAGACGCGGGACGUGGGAACAGGAACAGGGGGCCACAGAUGCAGUGCAACUGAUGCGGCAGAUACCCAGAGAAGGUAAGG